AUGCUGAUGGAAAAACUUGAAGGCGUGCCAUUGAGCACUCAAUGGUUUACGAUGGAUAAUAAAGCCAGGGUAAAGAUUAUGAAGCAAAUAGUCGACUUGGAAAAGCAGUUCAUGAGUAUCCGCUCUCCGGCUAGCGGGGGUUUAUAUUAUCGCAAAGACUUAACACAAUUGCAACGUGCAAUCUCCCUAGCUGUGCAAGAUGACCAGCGCGGCCCUAGCGAAAUUGUGGUUGGCCCAACAGCGCAGCAUGAAUGGUGGUACAAAGAAAGAGCACGCUUGGAAAUUAAUCGUGGCCCAUGGAUUGAUUUUCGCUCAGCCUUUGAGGCUCCUGCAAAACGUGAACUUGAAUUCUGUAAACAGUUCGGCAGACCUCGCCUUCAUGUUGAACGAUAUUUGCGUCAGCUAUACGAGUUCAAGGAAGCACAGCCGGCAACUCACAUACAACUUCUCCUGGACUUUUUAAGGUUGAUACCUCAUCUGGAAGUCCCUUCAGACCAUCGCUUCUCUCGCCCUACCCUUCGGCACCCAGAUUUUUCACCGAAUAACAUUUUAAUUAACUCCUCCAAUGAUAUAUCGGGAAUUAUCGACUGGCAACAUGCUGUUAUUUUGCCGCUUUGUUUAUGCGCCGGUAUACCAGAUUAUUUUCAAAACUGGGGAGAUCCUUUGUCGGAGCGACUUGCGAAACCAGAGGUUCAUAUGCCAGACAAUUUCAAUCAACUGAACAAAUUUGAGCAAGCGACAGUUCAAGAGACUAUACGGAAACGCCUCGUCCAUUUCUAUUAUGCUGCGCUGACUAUGAAUCAAAUGCCAGAUCACUUCGAUGCAUUGAGGGAGGAGAAUUUAAUGCUGCGUGCGAAAUUAUUUAAACGUUCCAGUGCGCCGUGGGAAGGUGAUUCAUUGUCCCUCGAAUAUGCUAUAUUUCAGGCCUUUACAAAUUGGCCUAUGCAUUUCGAUGAUAUGGAACCUGCAAGUGCCGUUACGUGUCCAAUGCAGUUUUCAGAAAAUGAGAUCCAACGCAUCUUAAAAGACCAUGAUCGAGAACAAGAAAUAAUGGAAGAGCUAUCGGAAAUGAGAGAUCUGAUAGGUAUUGACGCUCUUGGCUGGGUUCCUGAUGAUGAGCAAUUAGGACGGUCGAAGGACGUCGUACGGCAGAUUAAGGCAGGCUUAGCGGAGCACUGCAACACAGAACUAGAGCGGACUGCGUUGCAAUCUCAUUUUCCCUUCGAUGAUCAUGAUGAGGAUGGCUAG